CGCGAAAUUAUACAACUGGAUACGAAAAUACUUUAGAAUUUCUAAUAAACGAAAGCGUAAUGUUUUAAUAGUUAGAAAAAGAGACACGGGCAAGAAAUCGCACCAGUUUCUAUCGAAUUUCAGGCUGAAAGCAGCCGGGAGUUUGCCACCACCGCCACUUUCGUCUAAAUCGAUUGUCAAUGGUCCGCGAAAUCAGGCAACAAAGAUCGCCGAUUCAUUCCGCGCUCGACUCAGGCCCAAUGCAGUUUCUGCAUCGGCGGCUGUUUGAGUCCGUCGGGUGUUAUAAUUCUGUCGUGAGGAACUUAAACGCGGUGCUUUUUACUCUGUGCUCCGGAAUAAUUUUCAAUUCAAACGUGACUUGAACAUAUGUGCGAAAAAUUCAAUUAAAAGAAGAAGAGUUCGUAUCUUCACAUGUUCUUCACUAAAUGCAAAGACUAUUUACGUUCAUACAAAACGAAUCAAUUAUUAACAGAGUGAAUGUAAGAAUAUUCUUCCCGGAAUAUCUCAUCGAGAAUCAUGUCGUGGGUUCCACCGGACCUGGCGAAUCUCUGUUCGCCUCACUCGAGAGUGUCGACUUGUCAGCCGCCCACGUUUAUGUUCCUAGCAUUGGUCGCUCAGUUGUUCGGUCACUCCGAGGACUCGUAUUAUUACCCAUCCUCCCAUAACUUGCACUUUUCAAGUUCGUCAUGGGAAUCGGAUGCUCAAGAACCGGAAUAUGAACUGCAAUGUUUCGGAGGACAGAGGAACAGGAAAUUCGCAUUAGCAGAGGAGCCCGGAUCGAUAGAGGCUCACGUGGGGUUCGAUACUGAUCCGGUUUAUUUGAUCGGAUCGAACAGCGAAACCGUUAAAACUGCGUCGACCAUGAAUUUCGCGGGAGUUUACGACGCCUACCCGAGAACUGGAGAACCGAUCACUUCGUUCACCACACUUUACGACAGCUUUCUUCCUUCGCAAGAUGCAAUUAGCUCGGUUCGAGGAACGCUACGUCAAUUAUCGAAUGCUUUUCCAUACUACGACGACCAAGGCUACGUGCGAGUUCAGCGAGAGACCGAUCCCUCCAUUCCCUUGUUCAACGUCUGGAAAGAUAGCAAUCAUUUCGCGGACUAUUCUUAUCUCUUAUAUCCAAAAGCGACACAGAUCACGCGUGCCGCUAUCAAUUUUCCUACAGCAACGAACUUGCCAACGAAUGAAUACGAUUUUAUCAUUGUGGGAGCUGGAUCAGCUGGGUGUGUUCUGGCAAACAGGCUCACUGAGAUAAAACGAUGGAAGGUAAUCGCUCUGAUCUCCCCUUUUUAAAUUACAUUCCAUAAA